AUGCCGCUGCAGAUGGUCCUUUCGAAUGUGCUCAGUGUUAUCACUUAUAUGGCAGCAAUAUGGACUUGUAGCAUCAUAUCGAAGGCAAGUGUCAUCAGCAGGCCAAAGCGAAUCAUCCUUUCGGCCAAGAACAUGACACUGAAUGCUGGAAGGAUCAAGUUAUCUAAUGAAGCAUUCGUUGCGCAGAAUGUCACUAUCAAAGCUGAUGUUUUCUCACUUUCGAAUUCUGACCAAGGAGAGCAAAUUGACAAGCGGAAGAAAGUGAAACCACCGUAUGAGCUUAUCAGCAAUCCAGAUUUAAGUUCAUCUAUUAACAAAUCAGUUAAUCCAUGUGACGAUUUCUAUCAUUAUGUGUGCGAUGGAUGGAUUGCCUCACACAAAAUGCUGCCGUACGAAUCGUCUAUUGAUCAAUUUGACCUGAACGAGCGAAAACUGAAGAAACAGGUGAAAUGUAAGGAUUUGUUAAUGAUUCGCGUCCUGCUCUGGUCAUGGCCCACGUGUGAUGUUGCCGCACCGCUCACGACUUUGACGCAAUAA